UCUCACACACACACACGCACACACACACUCGCUCUUGUGUUUUGUGCUGUCGUAAAACCCACGUGUCCAGCCGGGAGGCUGCCAGAGAGUGGAGCCGAGGAGCCGGGACUCGGCGGCCGGCAGGCUUAGCAACCCACCGUGACUCUGUCCCGCGCCGGGGUCCCGCUGCGCUCCCGCCGCACUGGUUUCCCGCGCUCCGUGGGCCUCCGUAACCCUUGCCGGAUCCCCAGGUCUCCCUCCCUCACGGCCGGAGGCAUGUAGCGCACCCGGGGUGCCCACGCUCCCUCACGCCCCCGGAGACACGAGUACACACGCACCCGCCAGCGGCGGCUGCGGGUCUUCAGCGCGAGGCGUCGGACAUGCUGAAGCCCGGAGACCCCGGCGGCUCGGCCUUCCUCAAAGUGGACCCAGCCUAUCUGCAGCACUGGCAGCAACUCUUCCCGCAUGGCGGCGGCGGUGGCCCGCUCAAAGGCAGCGGUCCCGCGGGUCCCCUGGGCGCGCCGCAGCCUCUCCAACCUCCUCCGCCGCCGCCCCCUGAGCGCUCUGAGCCUCCACCGGACAGCCUGCGUCCGCGGCCGGCCUCGCUCUCCUCCGCCUCCUCCACUCCGGCUUCCUCCUCCACCUCGGCCUCCUCCGCCUCCUCCUGUGCCGCCGCUGCCGCCGCGCUGGCGGGUCUCUCGGCCUUGCCGGUGGCACAGCUCCCGGUGUUCGCGCCUUUGGCCGCAGCCGUCGCCGUGGAGCCGCUGCCCCCCAAGGACCUGUGCCUCGGCGCCGCCUCGGGCCAGGGGCCCUCCAAGUGCGGCGGUGGUGGAGAUGGCCGCGGUGCCCCGCGCUUCCGCUGCAGCGCGGAGGAGCUGGAUUAUUACCUGUACGGCCAGCAGCGCAUGGAGAUCAUCCCCCUCAACCAGCACACCAGCGACCCCAACAAUCGUUGCGAUAUGUGUGCGGACAACCGCCACGGAGAGUGCCCGAUGCACGGGCCGCUGCACUCGCUGCGCCGGCUGGUGAGCACUGGUAGCGCCGCGGCCGCUGCGCCCCCGCCGGAGCUGCCGGAGUGGCUGCGAGACCUGCCGCGGGAGGUGUGCCUGUGCACCAGCACCGUGCCGGGCCUGGCUUACGGCAUUUGUGCGGCGCAGAGGAUCCAGCAGGGCACCUGGAUUGGGCCCUUCCAGGGCGUACUCCUGCCCCCAGAGAAGGUGCAGGCCGGUGCCGUGAGAAACACGCAGCAUCUCUGGGAGAUAUAUGACCAAGAUGGGACACUACAGCACUUUAUUGAUGGUGGGGAACCUAGUAAGUCAAGCUGGAUGAGGUAUAUCCGAUGUGCAAGGCACUGCGGAGAACAGAAUCUAACAGUAGUUCAGUACAGGUCGAAUAUAUUCUACCGAGCCUGUAUAGAUAUUCCCAGGGGUACCGAGCUCCUGGUGUGGUACAAUGACAGCUAUACGUCUUUCUUUGGGAUCCCCUUACAAUGCAUUGCCCAGGAUGAAAACUUAAACGUCCCCUCCACGGUAAUGGAAGCCAUGUGUAGACAGGACGCCCUGCAGCCCUUCAGCAAGAGCAGCAAACUCUCCCCAGCCACUCAGCAGCGCUCCGUCGUUUUCCCACAGACUCCGUGCAGCAGGAACUUCUCUCUCCUGGAUAAAUCUGGGCCCAUGGAAUCGGGAUAUAACCAAAUCAGCGUGAAAAACCAGCGAGUCCUUGCGAGCCCGACUUCCACGAGCCAGCUGCACUCGGAGUUCAGUGACUGGCAUCUUUGGAAAUGCGGGCAGUGCUUUAAGACUUUCACGCAGAGGAUCCUGUUACAGAUGCACGUGUGCACGCAGAACCCCGACAGACCCUACCAAUGUGGUCACUGCUCCCAGUCCUUUUCCCAGCCUUCAGAACUGAGGAACCACGUGGUCACUCACUCCAGUGACCGUCCUUUCAAGUGCGGCUAUUGUGGCCGUGCCUUUGCUGGGGCCACCACUCUCAACAACCACAUCCGAACCCACACUGGAGAGAAGCCCUUCAAGUGCGAGAGGUGUGAGAGGAGCUUCACACAGGCCACCCAGCUGAGCCGACACCAGCGGAUGCCCAAUGAGUGCAAGCCAAUAACCGAGAGCCCAGAAUCAAUCGAAGUGGAUUAACUGAUUGACUGGUUGGAAUUAAACUGCAAGGAAAGUCAUGAUUAAAUGUCACGGACACUUAAGCAAAACCAAAGAUUUCCUCUGAGCAACUUUCAAUCAGUCCCAGAAAACCAAAAGCAGUAAUAAAAUAAGUAAGAUGUUAAGAGAUAUUGAUCCUGGCAUGGAAGUCAGACCAGGAAAAAGAUUAUUUAUUUAUGACUAGGGAUUAGACUUAUUUCAGUGGACAACUAACCUGAGAUGGCCAACGGUUCCAGUACCACCAUGUAUUUGCUUUGUUUCUAAAAAGCUUUUUUAAAACUGUUAUUUAAUACCAAAGGGAGGAAUCAUAUGGGUUCUUCUGCCCACAGUUUGACUGAGAAUGCACAGGGACUUGUUUCUCAUUGCACCUUUUUUGAGUAGCAUGAUUCAAGGGGACCCAUUGUACAGCCCUUCUUCCUGCUGUUUCGGUUCUGCGUGGCCAGGCGCGGGCUGCCCCGGUGGGGACCGUGGAAGGAGAAGCAAGAGCCUUCACUCAGCAGGUGCCGUCCUCAGCCCCACGGGCAUUCCAUUUCUGUUUCUCCACGCUCACUCCUCAUGCACUUUUCACGUGGCUCCUUCCAUCCAACAGCUCGGUCUUGAUGCAGAAGAGCCUGGAAAUGGAAGACAAUGGUUUCAAUUUCAAAAUUCAAGAAAAAAAAUGGGGAACGUACUUUGUCCUGUUUCAAAAACAUUUACAAUGUACGGAGCUUCAUAAUACAUUAUAUUGUUCUGAAGCAGCUAGUUGAGAAAAUUUUGUUUUCAAUAACAUUUUAGCUUUAAAAAACAACAAAAAUAAAAGUUCUUCGGUAUGAGGCUGAAUAUAAGGUAUUAGACUUCAAGUAAUUUUGUUUUUGUUGUGUCCAUGAAAGUGUUGACUAUGUGAGCAAAAAUAGUGCCUAGCCCCAUUGUCAGGUCCCUUUCAAGCAGUUCCAUUUUCCUUCCUCAUCUAGGGGAAGCCUGGGAGGCCCUCCUGAGUCUGCAGGGGCAUUUCUGCAGAAUGGGUGAGAGUAACCCAGACAAGGAAACAUGGAGAAGCGGACCAUGGAGAGGGUUUUGGUUAGAACCGGCUGCCCAGGAACAGCUAGUUUUAUCAAUAGGAAUUCCUUUUCUGUCUCCUGUGGCCUCUGAUAAUAUUCUUCUCUCAGUCCCAAUCCAUUAUUGAAAGAAGAAUUAUGUUCACAAUUGCGCUGUCCUUUGAUUGACUGCUAGGAAAGUGAGUUUAACCAGUGAGCCUUUUGGUCAUUCGGCAAUGAUGCUCAAUAAAAUUGGGUCACACUACAUGACAUGAUUCAACUUCAGGAAGAAACAACAGCUUCUGUGCUCUCGUCCCUUAGGUCACAGCAGCGCAUCAGAGACUGAGUCUACCUUGAUGGCCAGUGUAGAUAAAACUUUUAUCUAGAAUGCCUACUUAAUAGCAGCAAAUCUCUCUUUGUAGAUUUUUUUGGUCACCUGGUAACAGAGCAUUACCUUUUAAAGAGCUCUGUAUCCUUUAGCCCUCCCAAGCUCUUCCCUCAACAAAAGUAUGAGAUGCGUCACUGAACUAACCACUGAAAGGAAGGAGACUGCCUGGUUCAGUUUAGUGGAUCAUGUAUUUGGUUCUCAGAAAAUCUUCCUGCCCAGCGGUUAAUUUUGCUUCCUCAUCCCUUAGUGUCCCUGCCACAUUCAAAAUGGAAUGAAACAGGGCUUUGCUAAUUGUGUUUGUAAUUUAUAGAUCCCUCUCUCUCUCUCUCUCUCUCUCUAAGCCCCAAAGAGGAGCUUGGCUAAUUCUGACAUCCAGUGUCCAAUCUCAAGUCAUUCAUCUAGAACUUUCUCCCAAUUCUUGUUGGCUGCUUGUCAUGCAAGUACUAAGCUAUUUAUACUACUGUUUUAUGUUGCUGAUUGAAAGUAUUCUUUCUGGUAGACAGGGAUGCGUUCUGAUGUUACUGCUCCUCACUGCAGGUAAUGGAGACAUUUGCCAACAACGUGUGGCAGUGGGAAGGGUGGAAAGAAUAUGUAGCCACAUCAACCCCAAACCUGCAAGACCAUGACAGAUCGGCUACACAGAUGAGCAAGAUGUUCCAUUUACUAAGGCUGAAACACUUGGUUGUACUUUUUUAAAAUAAAAAGGGAGUUACCUGCAUGUUUUUAAUACAUUUUUUUCUGCAAGAAAAACUAGUUGUCAUUUGCUUCACUUCAUAAUUGAAUACAGUGCACCCCACUCAGUUUUCACUAGUUUCUCUCCAUGCAAGAAAGGGAAGCCUUCACUCUGCUCUUGAUGUCUGGCACGGGAGAGGUUUUCAUAACAAAAGUCUCUGCUGCUCUCAUGGUUUUGCCAGCUGAUCCCAAGUUUCACUUAAUAGGGAGGGCAGUAACCUCUGUACCAAGAGAUUCUUUUAGCCUUCUGGUCCAUUUAAGUUCCUUUCUCUCCUUUAUUAGUGAGAGAAAUUUUUGGCAUGUAUAUUAUUCACCAAAUUUGGUUAAAAAUUAUUUUCUACUUAACAAAUGGAAAAUUGGGUACAUGUACAAUUUUCACAUCGCUGAGCCGUUACCAGAUUCUAGCUGCCCAGCCUAGGCCACCUGCCCACAGGGCAGGCCUACACUUGCAAACUGACUUGGACCCUUGAAGCAGGUGGUGAGAUCAUUUGAGUCCCAAACGCUUUUACUUGAAGUAUGUUCCAGGGAGGGGGUUUUCUUUAAAACCUCCCCCAAAUUGCUUUAGCCUUCACUAUGUAAAAUCAAAAGGUAUUCUCUUGCAAGUGGUCAUAGAAACUGCAGUUCUAAAGAUUUAACAGUCUCCCUUACUAGCAGCUUCCUAAGGAAUCAUGGUAUAAAGAGAAUAAAAGCUCUGAAUCGUUGACCAAAGGAGAGAAGACAGCCAAGAUGAGAGAGGGAGACUAUCAGAGCUGAAUCAGCGUUUGGCUUGUGAAGCAAGCUCUCUCUGCCCAUCUCUAUCAAUGGAGGCAGACCUCCCCCCAGAAUAAGACUAAUUAUCCCAGCACAUGUUUGUUGGGCUGGCUGCGAGUCUGAACCAAAGGCUAAUGUCACUGAGACAUCAAGGUGCAGAGGAUCAGGGCUGGGGCUGCAGACAUCACACUUCUGAACUAUCUCAGUAACUCUAUCUUCAGCAAACCUGAAGACUUUCCCCAGGAAAUGCACAUGAUUUCUUAAGCUUUCCAUUUUAAUUGUCUUUGUUGUUGAAAAUGACUUUUUUUUCAGAGUACCUAUCAAGUUACUGUGGGUAAUUAAAGCUGUAAAGCUGAAUCUUGUGUAAUUUAUAUAAUUUGAUCCAAUUAGUAAAUAUUUACCAAAUGUCCAUUCAAGUGUAACCUUACGUGGGGAAACUUUUUUUAAAUCACAUCAAAAGAUUAUGAUACCACUCCUGUCCUCACAGGCCUUACAAUGUAUUAGAUUAUAACUUGGAAACAUCUCAUUCUAGUCCAGACGUGCAAAGAUUUACAAACAUGUACCAACUCAUCCAAUUUUUUUCACCAGUUGGUUCCUUGUUUAAUAAUUUACUCAAGAAGCAUUUGUUGAACUCUUGUUUGUGUAAGAGCCCACCGUAGGUGCUAUCAAGCAGCAUUACUUAUGUGGCUAUUGGUGAGAAAAUAAUAUUCUCUUCAUCAGUGGCAGGCUAAGUAGCAUGGGUGUUUUAGUCCGGAGACCAUUGUCUCAGUGAAGUUACAGAGAUUGCUGCAUUUGGGAGGAGCAGAGGAACGUAAGCUCAGCUGAGGACCAGAAGGGAGCAUGUUUCAAAACAAGUUAAGAUGCACCACUUGGUUGUUUUUGGUUGACCCACUGGGCUGUUGGUUCUUAGCAACAAUAUCAAGAUCCCAGAAUCGGGGCCAGGACUGCAGAGGUUUUCUGACCCUCUCCCAGUGAUAAGGCAGCAAACAGGGACAGGGCUAGAGCUGCUCAUGGGAGGAAUGUCACCCUCUGAGGUCCCAGGUCCCUGGUACAUCAUUGCAAAGCUAAUUGCUGGUCUCUGUUUAUAAGAGUUGUUCAUGUGAAAAACUGAUAUUUAAUUGCUUUUCAUAUUAGAAGUAGCUUUAUUGCCAUAUUUGUUGUGCAUGAAUUUAAAAACUGAAAUGCAAGUGUCUGUUGAAUUGUUUAAAAUGGUGACCAUCGCACAAGGCGGGGAGCACCCAGGGAUGGUCAGUGGGUUGCCCUGAGCUGGCCCCAGCAGCCUGGUGUUCAGGAGCAGAUCCAUCAUUCUCGUAGUAAGACUGCACGUGCCUGCAGAAACCAGGCCAGGAAUAACCAGCUAAAGAAGCACAUUAGCAAAAAAGUUAGUUUCUACUUUCUUUUCUUCCUGUGAAUUCCAUCAUCUCCCUCAGUCUUCACUAAUUCCUGACACCAGCCUGGAAAGAUACUGAGAGAUAGGCUUCUUUAAGUGAUAAAGUAGGUUCCAGAAAAGUCAUUUGUUUGUCAGGAUCCUUUCAAGGUGAAGAGGUUUGGAGACAUUUUACAAAGUGAUUGGAUGUUUGGGUACUUACCCACCCACGAGUCUGAGGUUUUCCCAUCACUAGCACUUAUCUGAAUGACCACAAACAACAGGUGGAGGCCGAGGAAGAGCUGAGUAUUCCAGACCUUCACAAAGAUGAGAUUCUACAAACCUAGUGAUCAGCUGUGGAGUACAACUGAGCACAGAGAGAGAGCCAAACUGAAAAUUUUGCUUUAUCUGUGGAAGCUUUGCCACAGAUGUUUAGCCUGUAAUCUACGAAUGUGUUUAACAUUUAAAAUAUUUAUUUUGUUUUGUCUUUUCAGUAAUGAAUAUCAGCUGUUUCAUCAGACCAAUAUGAAGAAUGAUUAAAAAUGUAAGAAAACAGAGCAAAGACAUAAUACUAUUGGAUUGUCUUCCCUGUAUACUGAGAAGCUACUAUUGUACUUGGAAUUAUGAAAGAGACUGUUGAGUAGAUUUUAAUGGAAAAAUAAAGUCCAAGCUUAUUCCCUGAGAUGUAGAUGGGAAUGACAAUAAUGAUAGCAACUUAUCCUGUGCAGUUACUGUCCGGCACUGUUGUAACUGUGUCGUAGGGAUCAUCCAACCCUCAGUUGCUCUGUGACAAGGACACUGUCAUUAUCCCUUUCUCAUAUGUACUUAAUCUUAGCUGCUUCUUUACUCUUUCCUCCUCCAAAACCACAUGGCAGUAACUUUUUUUUAAAGGGAAAAUACUUCCUCAUUCCAAGAUUUUUUUUCUGAGAACAAGAGCUUUUUAAAAUAAACACAAGUAUAAUUUAUUUAUAAAACGUGUUUGUGGAAACAAUACCAUCACUAAUGCUAAAAUACUCUUAAAAUAUACGUCAUUGUAGUUGCUGACCUUGUAGCCCCUGAAUCUGUGCUGCUGGACAGCAGAGUUUCAAAUACCCCAUUGUUUUUAUUUUUUUAAAUAUGCAACUAAAAUUCCACAUUAAAAGAAAAAAAUCCUCUCGAGUGUGUGACACACAUUAGGACACACGGGAUCAGGCAGGAAGGCAGGUGAUGCUGGGCAGUGGCCGAGAAUGAAGAAGUCACCUUGAACACUACGGACAAAUGAAACCCUUCCCGAACAAGGCUGCGUGAGAUCUAGUUUUAUUUCUUUGUUCUCACCGAAUGCUAAGUGAGUUGUGUUUCAGGCAUCAGUGGAGUAAUCAUGCAGUUGUGUCCAUUAAGAAUAUGAGCUUACAUGGUCAGCCUGUUGGUUUAAAGCACUGAGCUAGGAAGGCUGGAGUCAGUUUUGGUUUGUCAAAGGCACAAAUGACGCCAUUCCAGGAACCAGUUCAAGGUCUCAGGCACAAUCUAGACGAGACUAUAUAAGAUGUGUUCAAAAAGGCAGUUUACAAAAUUUCUUUAUGAACUGACUUGAUUACAAGGCGCUUCUUUACCAUGGUAUUGAAACCGAAAUCUAUGCUACUUUCUCCCAAAUUCAGAUGCUAAGAGGCACAUUUCUUUAUGAAAAUGGUGAACACGCCUUCCCUGUCAGUCAAACAUGGUAGGCUGCGGUUGGUAUUUCCUGUUUCCUGCCUUGGGAAACAUCCCCGCUGCUGCCUUUCUCUCCCAGCGCUUGGCACAUCACUCCCAACUGAAAACAAUCUCUAUAUAAACUUCAACAAGUUCGAGAUCUAUUUCUACAGCAGAACUCUUUGGAGUUAAAAAAAAAUCCUGUCACAGCAGGUGAUCACCACAUGUCGGUGAGAGCAGCAAUUUCAUACCAAAUGUCCACCGACUCAUCGUCCCUCUUGGUCCUUUUUCAAGCAUUAUCUAACGUGAAAAUAUAACCUCUGUCGACUUACUUUCUCUGAACAAUCUCGUACACAUGCUCAAGUUUCUCCCAACUUGGAAACGAUGAAAUAGCAGAAUUAGAGGCAUAAUUCUUUUCCUGGGAAGGUGUAAGUACUCCAUGAAAGAGGCUUCCUUCUCCUAAUACAAAUGCAAAGGCCAAGGUGGUGACUCAGACACUAAGGAAAACUUGGGCUCAGACAAGCAAGAUGACUUUAUAAACUUGAUGUCACCAAGUCGAUUUAUUUUGUUAUAUUAAGGGGAAGGCAUCUAGCUUUGUAAUAGUAUGCUACUAGAAAUAUGAUAUUUAGAUGCUAUCAAGGCAUUGUGUAAGUUUCCUUAAUAGGCUGAUUUUAAAUUUACUAUAAAUGAUCCACAUUGGAGUAGAAAUAUGUCUCUCUCCAUCUCCCUACCAGUUAAAAUGGUUAGGGUUAGUGUUCAAUUUCUGUUUUUUGAGGUUUGGAAAGCUUCAACAAGUCAGUCAAGAGAAUGAGGAGAAGCUUGCUGUGGGUGGAGAGGAGCAUUGGCUGUGAGGACCCCUGAUAUGACAAGAAUGAUUAUCCUGAAGUUAGAACGGUAAACAGUUUGCUUAUGUUUUUUAGCUUUAUUGAAUGCACACCUUAAAAGAAAAACUACAAAGGACCAAUGAGAUCAUGCAUGCAGCUGUACUCUUAUGAUAGAAUCUACUGGGAUUACAUUAUGUUUAAAUGAAAAACAGGCACACUUUUAGAGAUAAUUGACCCAGAAAUGUAAAUAUAUUUGAUUAAUAAAACAUUCCUGUGCUGACUC